GGAAAGCACCCAGAGUAUUUCCAUCCAGCAAACAAUCCAGUACGAAAACAAGCACCGUGUGCCGCUGGCUCAAGGGACAGGCCUGCAACCAAAGAGAGAGAGAGAGAGAGAAAAAGUUCCUCGACACACUCAUAACAGUGAUUGUUGUAUACGAUAUGGUGGCAGAAUAGUGUGAGUCUUCAAUUAGAACAUCUUAACUGCAUUAAAAUGCCACUUAUAGUGAUAACAGGCAAUCCGUGCAGCGGCAAAACGACGAGAAGCCUCGAAUUGAAGAAUUACUUCGAGAAGAGAUUAAAAGGCACCGAGCAAAGUGUAGAAAUAAUCAGUGAAUCCGACGCGAUAAUUACAGCAGGUUAUGACAAGAAUAUGUUCUAUGCUGAUUCGAAGAAAGAGAAAGCUGUCAGAAGCGCCAUAAAGUCGGACAUUCAACGUAGACUCGACACACGCAAUUUAUUAAUAUUUGAUGGCAGUAAUUAUAUCAAAGGAUAUCGGUAUGAAAUCUACUGCAUGACAAAAUUAUACAAGACUCCGCAAUGCACAAUAUACUGUGAUGUGCCAGUUGAACAUGGUUGGAUGUUGAAUAAUCAACGAACAGAAUCUGAUCGCUACAGCAGAGAAACGUUUGAUGCACUUGUUGCAAGAUACGAAACGCCAAAUGGUAAAAAUCGAUGGGAUGCUCCACUUUUCGCAGUCACACUAGAGGACGAAUUGAUCGGUGACGAAAUUUAUAAGUCGCUCUACGAGGUAAAAGCGCCGAAACCAAAUCAGAGUACUCAAAAUGCACCGUUAGCAUCCACGAAUUAUCUAUACGAAUUGGACGCAAGAACGCAAGACAUAGUAAACACGAUAUUGUCAGCGAAACAAUUGGGAAUCGACAGCGAUAUAAAGAUACCGAGUUGCAACAUGACAGUGCGCAACUCCGCUACGCCCGCGCAUCUUCUUAGACUACGCAGGCAAUUUUUAACUUACAGUAAAAUGCAACAGAUCGGGAUCGACCUGAUCGCCGCACUAUUCGUACAAUAUCUUAAUAAAAACUUAUAACAAAGUGGAAAGUCUA